CCGCCUCGCCCCGCCCCGCGCAGGCGCAGAGCCCCCUGCGGCGAGGCCCGUCCGGAGCCGCCGGUGCCGUCGCGGGGCGGUCCCGGUGCUGCCGGUGCCGGUCCCGGAGCGGCCAUGGCGCAGCGCGGCGGCCCCGCGGUGCUCCCGGACAACCCCUUCCAGGACCCCGCCGUGGUGCAGCACCGGCCCGGCCCCGAGAGCGCGGCGCUGGACGCCUACAACCCCUUCGAGAACGGCGCGCCGCCGCCGCCGCCGUACCAUGCCCCGGCCGGGGCCCCGCCCGCCGUAGGCGUGCCGCCGCCGCAGGGAACCGCGCAGCCCCCGAGGAGACCGAGCCCUACGGAGCCCCGGAACUACGGCUCCUACGGGACGCAGGCCUCGGCGGCAGCCGCCACGGCCGAGCUGCUGAAGCGUCAGGAGGAGCUGAACCGCAAGGCGGAGGAGCUGGACCGGCGGGAGCGGGAGCUGCAGAACGCCGCCCUCGGCAGCGGUGCCACGAGACUGAACAAUUGGCCCCCGCUACCGUCCUUCUGCCCCGUGAAGCCUUGCUUCUACCAGGACAUCCCCGUGGAGAUCCCCGCUGACUUCCAGAAGACAGUUUCGACCAUGUAUUACCUCUGGAUGGCCAGCACCAUUGCUCUCUUCCUGAACUUCUUGUCCUCGCUCGCCUGGUUCUGCGUGGAUCCCUCGUCAGGGUCUGGGUUCGGCCUCUCCAUUCUCUGGGCUCUUCUCUACACGCCCUGCUCCUUCGUCUGCUGGUAUAGGCCCAUGUACAAAGCCUUCAGGAGUGACAGUUCGUUCAACUUCUUUGUCUUCUUCUUCGUCUUCUUUGCCCAGAAUGUGAUGUACGUGCUGCAGGCCAUCGGCAUACCCAACUGGGGCUUCAGUGGCUGGAUAUUGAGUCUGAUAGCGCUGAGGAAGAACACGGCUGUGGCUGUGAUGAUGAUCCUGGUGUCCCUGUUCUUCACAGCGGUGGCUGUGUUGGGCAUCAUUAUGCUGAAGAAGAUUCACUCUCUGUACCGCCGGACGGGUGCCAGCUUCCAGAAGGCGCAGGAGGAGUUUGCCGCAGGGGUCUUUUCCAACCAGGCAGUGCGCACAGCGGCGGCCAACGCUGCUGCGGGUGCAGCCACCAACGCCUUCCGGGCACCCUAGCAGGGUGGGGGCCCUGGCUUGUCCCUCACACGUGGGCUGUUUGGUAAAGAAGAGGAAAUCCAAGUUGCACUUUCAUUGGAUCCCCGUGUGUCUGCAUCAGCUGUCAGAGGCUGCCUCAUCCCAGCUUGGAAGUGCUGGUGCCUGAAUCGUUUGCUGCUCUAACCCCUUUCCUCGUGGAUGGAGGCUGGUCUGGUUCGUGCUGGUCCCCUUCCCUCAGCGGACUGGGGGAAGGAGCCGGGGGGGGAGGUGCAGUGGCCCAGUCAUUGUCCUUCCUUCCAGCACCAGUUGCUGGGGGGCAGGAGUCCCCUCCGGGUGCGUGACAGGGACUGAAAUGGCUGCUGCCUUUCCUCUCUAUUGGCCAGGAUCUCCCCUUUCCCCACCUGGUGAUGCCACUUAUGUGCUCCAGGGCAUGGAGGGUUCCCACCUGUGUCCAGUCCCAGGGUGUGUGUGGGCUGGCUCAGCCCUGGAGGCUUUUGCCUGCCUCUUCUUGGAAGCAGGACCUCAGUCCCUGCCCAGAAAUCAUUCCUGUCUUCCCCAGGGGAGUGCUCAUGUGGGAUUGGGCUGGCUCUGUCCCUAGGGUGCUGAGCUGGGAGGCAGACUCCAUCCAGUUCCCUUCCUUUGUCCUUCAUGGUGCUGGGCUGAGCCUACUCCAAGCACGGGGCUGUGAGGAGAGCACUGCUUUGCAGGCAGCGGUGGCGCAUCAGCUUCUGCUGGCGGCUCUUUGCCUUUAGCCUGCGUGCAGUCCCUCUCUGGGACUGGUGCUUGGUGGACCCUAAAUCCGGGCUGGGUUUUGAGGAGGGCUCCUUGUACCUCUCCAGCUUGAGCUCCCUCUGCCCCUCCUUGCUCCCAGCCCUCGGGGAUGUGAACAGCUUCUCCCUUCUUCAUCUCUGCCCGCUGUGGGGACGGUGCCCCCCUCCCUGUCCCUAGCACUCCCCAGUCCGCUGUGUCCUUUCUUUGUGUGGCUUCACCCUCCUCCCUCCUGGGGGGCUGAGCCCGUCCCUGUGUGCAGCGCUGCCCACACUGUGCCCCGUGUCCCCUUACCCCUGUUGGCCCCAGCCCCAUCCACCAGUGCCCCCAAGAGGACCAGGGGACUGGGGACCAUGAGUUCUGCUUUCAUCCACCAGUGGAUGCGGCUGGUUCCCCUCCUGCUGCUCCUGGGGUGGUGGGACGGGGUCGUGCCUUCCCCUGGGGCCGGCUCCCUGCUGCUGGGGGGGGGGGGCUCCGCUCUGCGCCCCCCACGGCUGGGACCCGGCGGCCGCUUCCCCUCCUGCUGCCCCGGGGCCGCGCUGCUCCCCUUCCGGCCUGUCCCGUGCUGCUGUGCCGAACGCCACGCCGCCUUCAGGUUUAAUUUAAGAAAUAAACCGACUCCGACUCCU